GUGGUCAUCUGCUCGUCAUCGACCCCGUAUAAACCCCGUCAAAUUCGCCAGCCUGACUUGGCUUUGGCCUUGCGCUGACUCUCGCCACUGGGCGUCCAAUCAUCACCGGCCAGACCCUGGUUGCAAACUCUGUGCCAACCACGCAUUCCAUCCACUCUCUAUCUUCUGACCUUCACGACUCUCAACUUCAGCAAUUCAACAGCGGCCUACUUAACCAAACCAAAACCCACUGCCAUUGUCAUCACUGUAUACUCGCCGUUCUACAAUCCAACCUCACCUUCAUCUUGACUGCUGUGUCCCUUUCCUCGCCACGGCCAUAGCCAUGGCCACGGCAACCGUCACUGAGAUCCUCACAACCACCAUCCACGCCACUGCUGCCACCGCCUCCAGUUCUAAUCGUGCAACUCCUCAAGGCGGUGUGUUCGAAGGUGUCAACCCCACUCAUUAUGACACCAAAAACCCCAUCACUCUUUUCAUCAUCCAGGCCAGUAUAGUCAUUGCUUUGACCAGAAUCAUCCAUUGGCCUUUAACAUGGCUACGCCAACCUCGUGUCAUCGCCGAAGUCAUCACCGGCAUUGUCCUGGGUCCAUCAAUUAUGGGUCGUAUCCCCGGCUUCACUCAGCAUAUCUUCCCUACCGUCUCGAUGCCGGCUUUCUCCCUCGUCGCCAAUCUCGGUCUUGUCCUCUUUCUCUUCCUGGUAGGCCUUGAGGUCGACUUGAGAUUUUUGGUCAGUAACUGGCGUAUUGCCCUGAGCGUCGGAGCUCUCGGAAUGGCCCUGCCAUUUGGUCUAGGUGGUGGUAUCGCCUAUGGUCUGUAUCACGAGUUUCGUGACGAUGAAGGCGUUGCUCCCAUCAGCUUUGGGGUUUACCUGCUCUUCAUCGGUGUUGCCAUGGCCAUUACUGCAUUUCCGGUCUUGUGCCGCAUCUUGACUUCUCUCAAACUACUUGGUACACCCGUCGGUGUCAUCGUCCUUUCCGCUGGCGUAGGAAACGAUGUUGUGGGCUGGAUCCUACUCGCUCUUUGUGUCGCCCUGGUGAACUCCGGUGCGGGUCUCACUGCUCUAUGGAUCCUCCUGGUCUCUGUCGGUUACUGCUUGUUUGUCGCCUAUCCAGUUCGCUGGGCCUUCUACUGGCUCCUUCGUCGUACCGGAAGUUUGGCUAACGGCCCAACCCAAGGCGUUGUGGCUAUCACCGUCAUGCUCGUUCUAGCUUCGUCCUUCUUCACCCAAAUCAUUGGCAUUCAUGCCAUUUUUGGUGCCUUCAUGAUUGGUCUCAUCUGUCCUCACGAAGGAGGCUUUGCAAUCAAGCUUACCGAGAAGAUCGAAGAUCUUGUCUCCGUUCUCUUCCUGCCCUUAUACUUUGCCAUGUCAGGUCUCAAUACCAAUUUGGGUCUCCUCGAUAGUGGCAUGGUUUGGGGUUACGUGGUUGGUGUCUGCGCAAUUGCAUUCAUCGGCAAAAUCGCCGGAGGUACUCUAGCCUCACGACUGAACGGCCUUGUUUGGCGCGAGUCUCUGACAAUUGGCUGCCUCAUGUCGUGUAAAGGUCUAGUGGAGCUGAUCGUUCUCAACAUUGGCCUCCAAGCACAGAUCCUUAGUACCCGAACUUUCACAAUUUUCGUUGUCAUGGCUCUUGUCACAACUUUUGCCACAACACCCCUCGUCGUCUGGCUCUAUCCGCCAUGGUAUCAAACCAAACUUGAGCUGUGGAAACAGGGAAAGAUUGAUUGGGAUGGCAACCGCCUGCAACCUGAUGACGAUGACUCUUCCAACAACGAAUCUGAUGCUCUCACAAGAGUUGACGUUGCUCGAAAGGUCCUCGUAUACCUCCGACUUGACGGACUGCCAUCUCUCUUCACCAUGGUCAAUCUGUUCGCCGCCAAACGAGAAGAUCUCGACACACUCGAGCCCAAAACCACCCAUGAGGCCGACGCUCCUAGUCAACCCACUUUGCUCAAGCAUCCCGGGGCUUUGGCCUCCGUCGUCACACUUCGACGGCCCCUCCAAAUGCACGGUCUCCGCCUUAUGGAAUUGACCGAGCGUGAAUCCUCUGUUAUGCGUGUAUCGGAAAUCGAAGAGUUCGCCGCUCGAGAUCCUGUCAUCAAAGCCUUUGGUACAUUUGGCCAGUCGCGCGACAUUGCUGUCGGUGGACAGAUUGCCGUCGUCCCCGAUCACAGUUUCAGUGGAACACUGCUGUCUCGCGCAAGAGAACUCCGAUCUGACUUGAUCCUCCUUCCUUGGUCUGAAACUGGAACCAUGAGCGAAUAUCCCAAUCUUUUUGACACCAAACCUUUCGACCCACUCGCCAAUGCCGACUUCAGCACUCUGGCCCUUGAAAUCUAUCGCAAAGCUCAUGAGCACUGCGGUGUCGGCGUUUAUCUUGAUCGGACAGUCCUCUCUUCCAAGGAUAACCUCAAUUCCUCCACCUCCACUGGCCACCAACGAACACACUCCAAUCCUGUCGUUGAUGCUACUCGUGGUCUCGCUCGUACACAGACAGGACUGAGCAUUGGAGUGGGCGACCAGACUCGCACUACAGUGCACUUUGGUCUGUCCGAAUCCGGCCGUUACCGAAUUUUCGUUCUGUAUACUGGCACUCAAGACGAUCUCUACGCCAUCCGUCUAGGCCUACAACUCACCAAAAAUGAUCUGGUCGAUCUCAAGAUCAUCAAUGUUCAAACCAGCUCCGCACUUGAAUUGCACGAUUCCGAUGAUGAUGACAUCAAACAUAGCGCCCAUCGUGUUGAUAGCGCAAUGGGAGACCCCCAGUCCCCAAGCGCACUUGUCGCGGCCGAGUACGCUGCAAUCCAGUCGACGCAUGCACAUUCGGACCAGUCACGGAUAUCCUUCACCGAUCACAUCGUUACGGGACCCUCUGGAACCAGUUUAAAGCCAAAAUCAAACCAAUCUUCGUCCAUCGAACCUCUCGUCCAUGCCAUGUCUGAGCCGAGUGGCGCUGAAACCAUCGUCAUCGUUGGACGCAACCCUGUCCCCUCUUCCUCGGGUGGCAUUCUCAACGUUUCCAGCGCCAGUGAAACCCGAGCCCUCGGGUCAAGUGGCACACAGAUUGUGAAGACGAUACGAGAAAAGGGCAUCCAAGCAGCAGUCCUCGUUGUGCAGGGCAAGAAGGAAAAGUCUCCUGCCGAACUAGAGGCUGAGAAGACUAGACCAGGCACAAGUGAAGAUGUGGUGAUGGCUUAGUCGGCGAUCGUGGUGUCAUGGAGACUUUCAGCGUGUCUAUUGUGCAGGUUUUUGUAAGUCGGGAGCAAGGAUUUCGAGCAAAGAAUACAGGAUAUUGGGAACCGAUCAAUCGAUCGCAGGGACAGCCCCUGAUCUCUUGGGAGCCUUGGUAGGGCAAGGCGUUGGUAUUUUUUAUUCUACAAGGUGUUCACUUUUGGGUGGGGUCAUAUCGUGUUGGACACCCGGUGGGACAUAUAGCUACCUAAUGACAUAUUCCCUGCUGUCUAGUGUCAGCCAGCGAGACUGUUCGCCAGACUCAUUGAAAUACUCGUACGUGUACAUUGAAUAAUGCCUAGAUGUUAUGUUAGCUUAG